AUGCUAUUCACAAAACUCGCCAUCGGCAGUCUAGCCCUAGGCCUAGCUACUGCCAGCCCCGUGGACACCACCCUCGCCCACCGUGGUCUCAACUCCCUCGAAGUCGACGAUGCCCCCAGCUACGUCCGCCCCUACAUAAUGCGCCACUACGCACACGCACAAGCCCUGACAAUCGGCGCGCAAACCUACCGGUUCUACGUAACAGGCCCGUCCUCCGGAAACGCCUUUACACUGCUCGGAACGAACGCGCCGACCUCUGCAUCCCUGGGCGUCCUCCCGCACAUCCACCAGCGGCACUACGAGAACUUCUUCAGCCUGAAGGGGCGGUAUCAGCUGUGGGCGCAGAAGGGCAAUGCCACGCAGCAGAGUCGAAUCAUCGGGCCUGGGGACUAUGGGUCUGUGGCGAGGAACACGACGCAUACGUUUCGGAUUCUCGAGCCUGAUACGGAGAUGAUUGGGGCGAUUGCGCCGGGGGGUUUUGAACAGCUCUUCUUCGCACAGGGGACGAACCUGACAACCCCAGUCCACACAGCGUACGUCCCCCAAUUCGACGACGAGACCUCCGCCGCGGGCCCCGACGCCGAUGUGAUUUCCUCGCUGGAAUCAUUCGACGUAUACGCGCAGCUCGAGUUCGAGACACGCACCGACCUCGUCGACGGCGCCGCGCCCUCGGGCACAGGCUGGCACACAGAGACCAACGAUCUCGGCGCCGCAGGCGAACCAUACUUCAUCGCGAAUGGCUGGGGACCCAAGUACCUGAACUCGGUGCAAGGGUAUCAGAUCGUCGCGCCGCUUGCGACGGGGGUUCAGACGCAGGAUACGAAUUUUACAAUGGCGACGGUUUCGAUUAGUGUUAUGCCUGGCAAUGGCACUGUCCCCGUAUGGAAGAUGGGCGGUGCGACGGCGUUUCAGGUGAUUGAGGGGAGGUUUGAUGUCCAGAUUGCGGGGCAUGAUACGGCUGAAUUGACGACCGGCGAUGUGGUGUUUAUUCCUCCUAAUACGAGCUUUAGAUAUUGGAGCGAGGCGGCUUUUACCAAGGUGCUUGUGCUGAGUGGGGGCCAUGAGGGGAUUGAUCAGAAGCUUAUUGAGGGUGGGGAGGCUUAUGAUUUUGUUACCUUCCCUGUCAAUUGGUAA